UAGAAUCAUUAUAAGGAUGAAAAUUUUGACUUUUUUUUUAUUGUUUUCAUUUUUCGUGUUCUGUUUCUCUGGGGUAGCUUAUUUAUUGGUUUCAUUAUGAUACGGGGGCAAAGAAAGUGGAAGUCUUUCUCGUAACUUCAACAAAAAGCCUCAGCGGAACUUUCUGGGGUGGUGAGGGAUCUGAGACAAAGGUGUUGAUGAUAUGGGAGCGUGUGUUUCAACUCCACAAGGGUGCGUGGGAGGGAGGUUGAGCUCUUCCAAGAAGAAAACCAGGAAGAGGGGUAGGAGAGAGGGACUCAGGAGAAGAGUUACUUCACGGUUGUGUAAGGGAUCAUUGGACAAGGUUGAUGUGGCAGGGUUGCCUGAUUGUUCCUUUGCCAACCCCACUUUCCAAGGAACAGGAAGUAUUGAAGAGGCAUGGUUUGAUUCGGUUGCAGUAUUUGACUCUGACUGUGAUGAUGAUUACCAGAGUGUUCCUGAUGAUGUUGUCUCUCUGAAUGGGAUUGAAGGAGGGUCUGCAUUGAGUUUUCCAUCUUCAAGAAAUGCUAACCAUGGAGUUUCCACAGAUCAAGUUCAGAAACAGGAGUUACAGACAGGACAUUUUGCUAACAUUUCUGAGGCUUCGAGAAGUUCAGAUGUUCAAUAUUCUGGUGUAGAUGUCAUUGAUUCUCCUCGUGAGCCAGUGUUCCUUGACGAAAUUUCCUCAGUGGACGCAAAUUCCAACAAGGAUGAUGGACUUUUGGAUAACUGUGGGAUUCUUCCGAACAAUUGUUUGCCAUGUCUUGCAUCUACCAUUUCUUCUGUUGAAAAGAGAAGAUCAUCAAGUUCCAGUCCUCCUAAUGCAAGGAAAAAGACUGCUACAAAAGUUUCCUUCAAAUGGAAAGAAGGACAUGGGAAUGCUACUCUAUUUUCCUCAAAGACGCUUCUACAAAGACCAAUUGCAGGAUCUCAAGUACCCUUUUGUCCAAUUGAGAAGAAAAUGCUUGAUUGUUGGUCACAAAUUGAUGCAGGCACUUUCAAAGUUCGAGGAGUAAAUUAUUUCAAGGACAAGAAAAAAGACUUUGCUCCUAACUAUUCUGCAUAUUACCCAUUUGGUGUAGAUGUUUUCUUGUCCCCACGGAAAGUAGACCACAUAGCUCGCUUUGUGGAACUUCCUGUUAUGAGUUCCUCUGGGAAAUUUCCUCCCAUACUAGUUGUAAACGUUCAGGUUCCACUCUAUCCUGCCACACUUUUUCAAGGAGAAACUGAUGGUGAAGGAAUGAGCAUUGUUUUGUACUUUAAACUUUCGGAAAGUUACUCCAAGGAACUUCCACUGCCUUUUCAAGAAAGCAUCAGAAGAUUGAUGGACGAUGAAGUUGAAAAGGUAAAGGGUUUUCCUGUAGAUACAAUUGCACCCUUUAGGGAAAGGUUGAAAAUUUUAGGCCGUGUUGUGAACUUGGAAGAUCUUCAUUUGAGUGCAGCAGAGAGGAAGCUUAUGCAAGCUUACAAUGAAAAACCUGUUCUUUCACGUCCUCAACAUGAGUUUUUCACGGGUGAAAAUUACUUUGAGAUUGAUUUGGAUAUGCAUAGAUUCAGCUAUAUAUCCAGGAAAGGGUUUGAAGCAUUCCUUGACAGAUUAAAGAUUUGCACACUAGAUGUUGGCCUCACAAUUCAGGGGAACAAACAAGAGGAGCUGCCAGAACAUGUGUUAUGUUGUAUUAGAUUAAAUGGCAUUGAUUACAUGAAUUACCAACAACUGGGGCUAACUCAGGAUCCCCUCUGAUAUAAAAAUAUAAAUAACAUAAGCAUUUGCAAUCUCACACUAUGAAUUUCUAGAAGCUUUUCUUUCCGUGUAUACUUUUUAUUAUCACAUAAAAUUCACUCGAGUCUUUUCAGAAUAUAAUCCUGAUAAAACUCAGUUACGCGUGAAUUUUAUCCGGUAAUAAUAAGAAAAUUGUCAUGGUUUUCUUUUUGUGAUGAAUCACAACAACAACAUGCGUGUGAUUGAAGAUGCGAACUUGAAAUGGAAACAUGGACCUACCUAGGCCUACAUAGUCAUUGGUUGAAUGAAAAAUUUAUUAUGAUAAAGCAACAUAAAUGGGAACACGUGGGUUCUGAAGAAAUGUCUUUUUUUAUGUUUAUUUAUGGAGGUGAUUCCUGAUUGUACAACUACCACAAGUGUAAAAUGUAGUGUGUUGCGAAUUGAACGUGUGUAUAGUGAUCGAAAGCAACUGGUGGUGGAAAUGUUUGUGUUUGGGUUCAAUAAUAUGAAGGCUGUGUCAGACGCAUAA